ACACUUUCUUCGUGUGCACUCGCAUGGUUUGUGGUGGCGCCGGCGUCGCACGCGUUUUCACAGCUCUAUAUAUCGUUUGCUUCAUACUAUGUUGCUACUCAUUUCGCUCCUUCCAUCAGUGCCUGUCCAUAAACGCCCGCCAUAAUCAAUUCCUUUGUUCUGUUUACAGUGCUGAUUAUAUCCCUAUAUUCUCCAGAAGAAUUAUAAUGGAAGAAACACGCUUGCCAUACCCCGAAAUCGUAGUUUCUAUCAAGUGGUACCACUUCGUCCCUCGGGCAGACUACUCAGAGGGCUCUGCCGGACGCAAUCAAUAUCAUAAGUUCGUUCCAGGCACAUCUCACGAUGGACAUCUGGAACUACACAGGCAGUCGAAAAUGCUGCGGACGAGAGCGUAUUGGUGCGAGUAACUCGCCUUAACGAUCGCUCGUCCACUGGUUCCAAUUGGGCUGGUGGUCAGGACUCGUUACAUAGCUUUGACAUAGAUGCUAUACUGUCCCCUAUGGUCUAUUUAUGACUGCCCGCCAUUUCGUGAUUUUCGUCUACAGCAUUCAUCUAUGUGCUUCAAAGGCUCGUGGUCAUGAACACAAUGAAUUAU